AUGGACCUCCCAAUUAUCACUGUCACCUCCCCAACCACCGAAAACAGGGCCCACGGCCUCAUUCACGACCACCUUCCCGAGUUCUAUCACAACUCACGUAGCCACACCACCCACACCAAAAUGGUCACCCGCGUCCAGGACCAGGUCUACGACCUCCCCAACACUUCCGAUCACUCACAUGCUCCGUCUGCUACUCUGCCUUCCCUGACCUCCGGCGAAAGCACCCCAGCCAGCAUCAGCUCCAAAGCCUCCAGCGUACUGACAAUCUUCUCCGGCACCACGACUGGCCGCCACGAGAAUUACUCCAGCUUCUGCGGCCUCUGCAGAGACAUCAGACGCCAGCUUUUGUCUGGGAACAUCCUCUCUGACGUCGACAUCGGCCACUGGGAUGACCAUGGUAGAACCUCCGAUGCGCACAAGAGGAAGUGGGCGGGCAAGCUCCGCAAGAUUAUCAACAGUCGCUCUGCCAGACUCAAGGAUUGCACCGUGAUGAUGAAUGCCCUUGCUGGGCAGUCAUUUGUGAACAUGGCGGACAUGUUGCAGGCGUUGAAGGAGCAUGAAGUCGGAAGUGCCCAGUCGCCAUUGCACAUUGUUGGCGCUGAGGAGAUCACUGAGGAUAUCACUACGGUUGAUUGGGAAGGUAUCCGCAUUGCCAUGGGUGAUGAGGGUAGUCCCGAUGAUGAAUCCUUUGGAAGUAUCCCAAUUGGGCUUGGUGAAUCCUUUGGAAGUAUUCCGAUUGGGUUAGAUCUUUCUGCGGAGACUGACAUUGGCGGACUUCAUGUUGUCAUUACUCCUGAGCCGGGAGAGCCAUUGAGUGCUCGUGAGCAGGCGAAGCUGGAUACGAUGGAAGAGAAGAGCGGGAUAGUUUUCUUUGGAGAGUUUAAAAGCGGUGAGGAGCUGGAGUGGGCCAUGGCCCCGGUCACCAUGGAGACGGACAGCAUCGCAGCAACUGAAGACACCAUCGCAACUCAUGGCACCAUGGUAACUGACGGAUCCAUGGCAACUGACGGAUCCAUGGCAACUGACGGAUCCAUGGCAACUGGAGAUACUGUGGCAACUGAGAGCACUGUGGUAGCCGAGGAGCUCUGUGAGACGAAGUUUUAG